UGGUCUGUCAGUCUUGGUUUAUGACUCUUGAACAUUGAACCUAUUUGUCCUGAUUCCCGUCUCUGAGCUCUCAGUCAGUGUUGGUGGUUUACGUCUCAGACUGACUGACUGCAGAGGAAGAGGAGGACAGAGCAGAGUCUCCAGGAUCCACUUCUUUGAACAGGGACUGGUCCACAGAUGAUCCUCAGUACUGGACUCUGAGCUACAAGAUGUCAGAGGAGGUUCUGGAUGAGUUGGACCUGACGAAGUAUAAGACAGAGGAGGAACGAUGGAGAAUGAUCCCAGCUGUGAGGAGCUGUAGAAAGGCUCGAUUUAAUAACUGUGGACUCUCAGCGACUCACUGUGAAGUUGUGGCCUCAGCUCUGAAGUCCAAUCCCUCCCAUCUGAGAGAACUGGACCUGAGCGAAAACACAGACCUAAAGGAUUCAGGAGUGAAGAUACUGUCCACUGGACUGGAGAAUCCAAACUGUAGACUGGAGACUCUGAGGUUGAAGAACUGCAGUUUGUCAAAGAUCAGCUGUUCUUCUCUGGUCUCAGCUCUGAAGUCCAACCCCUCCCAUCUGAGAGAUCUGGAGCUGAGCUGGAACAAGCUGCAGGAUUCAGCAGUGAAGGAGCUGUGUGGUUUUCUGCUGAGUCCAGACUGUAGACUGGAGACUCUGAGGUUGAAGAACUGCUGGUUGUCAAAGAUCAGCUGUUCUUCUCUGGCCUCAGCUCUGAAGUCCAACCCCUCCCAUCUGAGAGAUCUGGACCUGAGUGGAAACAACCUUCAUGAUUCAGGAGUGAAGGAGCUGUGUGGUUUUCUGCAGAGUCCAGACUGUAGACUGGAGACUCUGAGGUUGAGUCUCUGCAGUUUGUCAAAGAUUAGCUGUUCUUCUCUGGUCUCAGCUCUGAAGUCCAACCCCUCCCAUCUGAGAGAUCUGGACCUGAGUAACAAUGACCUGUAUAAUCCAGGAGUGAAGGAGCUGUGUGGUUUUCUGCAGAGUCCAGACUGUAGACUGGAGACUCUGAGGUUGAGGUCCUGUUGGUUGUCAGAGAUCAGCUGUUCUUCUCUGGCCUCAGCUCUGAAGUCCAACCCCUCCCAUCUGAGAGAUCUGGACCUGAGCUGGAAUGACUUGAAGGAUUCAGGAGUGAAGGAUCUGUGUGGUUUUCUGCAGAGUCCAGACUGUAGACUGGAGACUCUGAGGUUGAAGAACUGCUGGUUGUCAGAGAUCAGCUGUUCCUCUCUGGUCUCAGCUCUGAAGUCCAACCCCUCCCAUCUGAGACAUCUGGACCCGAGCUACAACAAGCUGCAUGAUUCAGGAGUGAAGGAGCUGUGUGGUUUUCUGCAGAGUCCAGACUGUAGACUGGAGACUCUGAGGUUGAAGAACUGCUGGUUGUCAGAGAUCAGCUGUUCCUCACUGGUCUCAGCUCUGAAGUCCAACCCCUCCCAUUUGAGAGAACUGGACCUGAGCUACAACAUCGACCUGCAGGACUCAGCCGUGAAGGAGCUGUGUGAUCUUGUGGAGAGUCCAGACUGUGGACUGGAGACUCUGAGGUUGAAGAACUGCAGUUUGUCAAAGAUCAGCUGUUCUUCUCUGGUCUCAGCUCUGAAGUCCAACCCCUCCCAUCUGAGACAUCUGGAGCUGAGUAACAACAACCUGCAGGAUUCAGGAGUGAAGGAGCUGUGUGGUUUUCUGCAGAGUUCAGACUGUAGACUGGAGACUCUGAGGUUGAGUUACUGCUGGUUGUCAAAGACCAGCUGUUCUUCUCUGGUCUCAGCUCUGAAGUCCAACUCCUCCCAUCUGAGAGAACUGGACCUGAGUCUCAACAAGCUGCAGGAUUCAGGAGUGAAGGAUCUGUGUGGUUUUCUGCAGAGUCCAGACUGUAGACUGGAGACUCUGAGGUUGAGUUGGUGCAGUUUGUCAGAGAUCAGCUGUUCUUCUCUGGUCUCAGCUCUGAAGUCCAACCCCUCCCAUCUGAGAGAACUGGACCUGAGUGAAAACUACCGCCUACAGAACCCACACGUGAAGCCUCUGUGUGAUCUUGUGGAGAGUCCAGACUGUAGACUGGAGACUCUGAGGGUCCCUGGCAGGGUGAUCAGAUCUUCCAUAGAUAAAACCUGUGUCUCUGACGUCAAACUGAACACAAACGACACAAAGAAGCCAGACGUCACUGAAGACAACAUAAAGAAGCUGAAACUGGAGCCUCCAUCAAGUUUCAGACCUGAACUGAAAACUGAAUCUGCACAAGUUUCAUACAGGUUCAGGUGUCCUGGUCCAGGUGGGUUUGAGUGUUCUUCAACUGGACUGGUGUUUGUUGUGGAUAAGGAGGCGGAGCUGUUCUACAGGACCGUCCAAUGGGAUGAGAGCCUCCUCCAAUCAGCUGGCAAGACACCUGCAGGGCCUCCGUACAGUAUCCAGUGUCCUGAGGCUGCUGUCUGUGAGCUCCACCUCCCACACUGUGAAACUAAGGAUGCGUUGCAGGUUAAAGGCCUGCUGUCUGUCGUCCACAUCUCUGAUGAUGGACUGAGCAUCUUGGAGCCUCAGGAGAUCACAGACACUCAUGUGGUGGUGAAGGUCCCUCACCUCUCUGUCUUUGGACUGGUCCGAGAUAAAGUUAAACAGUUACUGAGAAAAUCAAUAAACUGUAAUGUUCUGCUGUUCCUGCGACAUCUGGCUAAAGAACAUCGAGCCCUCGAUGUGUUUCUACUGCCUACCAACAUCCCUCUGUCAGAGGUUAAGGCUCAACAUGACGAUGCUAAAUACAUCAGAACCUCUUCUAACUGCCUUCUGAGCACUGGUCAAAGUUACAGUGUCCGCUGUGAACCUGAGGACUUAGAAGUACAGCCUGAGCGUGAGCGGUUUCUCUCAAAUUAUGGACCAAAUUACUUUCCAACCUUUGAGGUUUUCCUGACUUCAAACCCAGAGAGAGUGACUGUGAUGAUCCAAGACCAAAAGAAGCGACAAAUCUGGAAACGUAUUAUCUAUCUGCCAGUGACAAAGACGGAUCUCAUCAGCAUCCUGAAUGAUCUGACAGACGACGAGUUUGAGAACUUCAAGGGGCACCUGAGAUGUGAAGCCCUGGACAACUUCUCACCCAUUAAAAUGGACCUGCUGUUGAAGACAGCGAGGCAACACGCCGUGGAUCUGAUGGUGCAGAAAUAUGGAUUAGUUGGAGCUGUGGGGGUGAUGGGGGAAGGUUUAAAAAGCAUCAACAGGAACAAUCUGGUGAAGCAGUUACAAGCCGUCAGCUCAGGAGCAGAAGGUUCUGAUCCUGGUCUUGGUCCUUGUCCAUCAGGAUCUCAGAGUGUCUCAGCAGAAGAGAAGCUGAAGUCUGUUCGGACUCAGUUUGUCAGCAGAGUUUCUGAACCUGUUCUACAGAAGCUGCUGGAUAAACUCCUGGAGUGUGGGGUGAUAACUGAUGAUGAGAUGGAUUUAUCAGGAACAGCGAAAAGGGCAGCCAAAGCUCGAGUGGUGAUCGACACGGUGCGAAGAAAAGGAUCAGAGGCCAGUUCAGCUCUGAUCUCUGCUCUCUGUGAAGAGGAUCAAUGGCUUUCAACAGAGCUGAACUUAACGUGAAGCAGGAGCAGAGUUGCUGUUCUUUGUGAGUGAAUCAGGGUCAGCUGUCCUGGGCUGCCUCACAUGAUUAUUUCAGUAUAAUGUAUGUAGGGUUACGGUCUGUACAGUGACUGAAUAUGUUUGUUUCUGGAGCAGUGUAUUGCAGCUGUUUCCUGUUGUUAGUUAAGUUCAAACUGAGAAACCAUCACAGAACAUUAGAUUAAAUCUGCAUCAAAUAAUCUCAACAUACGACGACAUCGACACUGAGAACAGUGUGAGAACAGCAUCAUCUAGCUGCUCAGGAGAAAAACUAAAGGCCUUCAUUUAUACUGAUCUGAGGACAGUCUGAGUCAGAGCUGAACAAUUGUGAUGCCUUCACUUACUGAAGUGCAUGAAGGCAUCAGAAACUGGUGAAUAGGGUGAAACAGGUGAAAACAAAAUGAGGUGUUGAACUUUUUCUUUUCUUGUAGGUUGUGAAGCAGAAAAAACAGCAGUCAGCAGCUGCAGAGGUGUGUCAGAUAUUAAUUUAGUGCUGGUCACACUCAUGAAAAUGACAGAAAUGAUAAGUAUAACAGCUGCUGGUCAACCUGGCUUCCAAAGACAAUAACCUGCUGCUGCCUUGAGAGGGCGGUAAAGUACAUUACAUUCUUGUCCUGGGAGGUUGCUGUGGUCUGCUCUUAGAUUCACCAACCACUCAGCAUCAGUGUUGUGUGAUGCCGCUUCCUUCCAUAUGUCCUUCCAGUAUUGCUCAGUCUCUGGAUGAGUUUCUGGAGAACAGGGCAUUUUUAUGUUGGCAGAACUGUGAGUCUUUGUUCGUCUCUACAGCGUCACUUAUGGACAUGGACCAGACUCUCAUCACAUCCUUCUGCACCUUUGUUAGCCCUCUAACGUCUCUCUGGGCUUCCUUAAUCUUUGCUUCAACCAUCUUCCUCAUGGGGGGUACUCCCUGUAUGUUGCCCUCUUGAUCUUAUACCCAAGAGUCUCCAGGAUUACUGUUGCAGCAGCAAAUACAAGUUCAUUUGUUUUCACCAAAUCCACUCAUUUCAAUGCAUGUGAUUUAAAAGCAAUAUGUUAGUGUGAUCAUGAACCUACAUUGUUUCCCGUUCUUAAGGCUCUUUUUUGUAGUUUGCAUAUUGAAUAUUAGAUCCUGUUGUAGGCGUUACCCCACACCUCCAGUGAUUCAGAUUCCAAUGUAGUUUAUGAUCUAAUAUCAAACCCAGACAUUUAUUUUAAUUUACUCUCUUAAUAUUAAUAUUGUCUAUCAUUACAUGUAUUUGUGUAUUUAUUUUAUUUAUUUCAAUUUAUUUUGUUCAUAAAAUAUUCUUAAAAAAAUAUUUGUACAGGUUACCCAUAGUAUCUGUACAUUAACACUCAGCCCCCCGUGUUCAAAUAAAGUCAAAUAAUACACUUACUAAAAGCCUUGAACAGUUUAAGUUAAGUGCAUGUUCCAGCGUCCUCUUUAGACUGUAAUUUAUGUUCAGAUGGACUCAGAGCUGCUGUUACCUGUACAGGUAAAGACCAGUUUCACCUGAGAGCUGGUUCAGACUCGUUCAAACCCACAAAGUACAGAAAAACCCAACAACAAUAACUGUGUUAAAGUGUGUGUCUGAAAGCUGACUGCGUAUCUGACAGCAGACAUGUUGUUAGAGCCAUCAGGGAAAAGUACAGAGAGCAGACUGAAGCCUGACACCAGCAGCCACAAACCCUCCAUUACAGCUCUAUUUCUGUCUGACAGACGACUGGUUUAUUUUCAGAGUUUUGCUUUGGAGUGGUGAAGCUAUAAAAGUGACAAACCAGCAGAUUUACAGAUGAAUAAACUGAGAGUGUUUAAACUUCA